AUGAGUUUGUUGCAGCGAAUAUUUAGAAGUCAAAAUAAGGAAAAUAUUCCAGUGUCCGAAGAUGUUAUGCAAAAGUUGAAACAGACAGAAGAGAUGUUGGAAAAGAAACAAGAAUAUUUAGAUAAGAAGUACGAUCGCGAGGCAUUGGAAAACGUUCAGACGAACACUGAACUGUUGAAAAAGUUGAACUAUACUGCGCGGGGUACGCUCAGAGAGGCGCAGCAAGCUCUUAACACGGAAGAUGUCAACGACGCGGUCGAUGCUAUUCAUGAACAGACAGAAAUUUCGAAAGAGAUCUCAGAAGCGGUUUGUGGAGUGGGUUCGAAUCAAGAUUUUCAUGAUGACGAUGACGACGAACUUACGGCAGAGUUGGAAGCGAUCGAACAGGAAGUCCCUUAUUACGAACUUUUUGGAAAGGAAUGUCUUUUUAUGGGACUACUGGACUUUCCAUCAAAUGCAGGCCGGGCGGCAACGAAAAAGAAAGUUGUUGGGCCAUGGUCCAUGUAG